AACAGAAACCAGCAGCACUCUAAACUCUUUCAUUGACUACCAAAAUAGAUCUUCCUUCUUCUUGUCCUCCUUCUCCUCCAUUCUGAACUCCUUCAAUAAUGACUACCAAAACAGAUCUUUCUUCUUCUUCUUCUUCAUUUCCUAAAUUGACAUACGAUGUGUUCCUCAGUUUCAGAGGUAAAGAUACCCGCACAAAUUUCACAGACCAUCUCUAUACCGCUCUCAAACAGAAAGGAAUAAACACAUUUAGAGAUGAUGAAGAACUUGAGAGAGGGGAAUCAAUUGGUCCAAAUCUCUUGAAAGCAAUUAAAGAAUCAAGAUAUGUUAUUGUGGUUUUUUCCCAAAAUUACGCCGAUUCUUCGUGGUGUUUGGAUGAGCUUGCAAAAGUCGCUGAAUGUGAGAGAGCCACAGGACAAACAGUCCUCCCUGUGUUCUACCAUGUUGAUCCAUCUGAGGUACGAAGACAAACAGGGGAGCACUUUGAGAAAGCAUUUGAGAAGCAUCAAAAGCGGUAUGAAGCGGAACCAGACAAAGUAAAGAGGUGGAAAGACGCUCUUGCUAAAGUAGGCAAUCUCUCUGGAUGGCAUCUGCAAAAUGGGUCUGAAGCCAAAAUUAUUCAACAAAUUGUAGAAAAGAUUUUCACUGAGUUGAAUAAAAUAAUCUGCACAUCUGAGGGCUUAGUUGGGAUGGGUUCUCACCUGAGUGAACUGUUUUCCUACUUAGACAUUGGGUGUCUCGACGAUGUUCGUAUCAUAGGGAUUUGUGGGAUGGGUGGUAUCGGGAAAACUACUAUUGCACAAGUGGUUUUUGAUAGGCUAAAAACUCAGUUUGAAGGUCAUAGCUUUCUUGCGGAUGUUAAAGAUCAUAGUACAAUUAAAUUACAAGAGCAACUUCUCUUGAACUUGCUGAAUAGUAAUGUCAGUGUACAGAACACUAAAAUGGGAACAAACAUAAUUAAGCAUAGACUAUCUACUAAGAGGGUGCUUAUUGUUCUUGACGAUGUGGAUCCAUAUAAACAAUUGGAACUACUGUGUCAUCGUACUUGGUUUGGUCCAGGGAGUAGAGUCAUCAUAACAUCCAGAAAUGAACACCUGAUCAGUGCAUUUGGAGCAGACAAAGUAUACAAGGUGAAUGCAUUAACUGAUCCUGAAGCUUUGGAGCUCUUUAGUUUGAAAGCCUUCAAGGAUAACGAGGGUGGAGAAGAUUUUCUCAAGCUAUCCAAGGAAUUUUUGAAAUAUGCUGAUGGCCUUCCAUUAGCUAUUGAAGUUUUGGGAUCGUCUGUUCGUGGUAGAAGUGUAGAGUUAUGGUCAAGUGCAUUGGAGAGACUUAAAAAACAUCCUCCGAAAGGGAUUAUUGAUGUUAUUGAUGUUCAUAAUGAUUGGACGGUGAGAAACAACUGAGAAAUACCAUUGAACCCAAAGAAUGCAUGAGUGGAAGAGCCCACUUCUUGUUCAACAGUGAAAUGGUAAUCCAGUGACAUUUCUUGCAAUCUUGUCAUCAUGCACAUUAGAGUUCACUGCAAAACAGCAAAAAAGGCAAAGCAAACUCAGUAAUUCAGUAAAGUAGCUGCUGCUACAAUCUGCAUGACUUUUAUUAUUGCAAUAAUGAUGUAACAGAGAAUUAGUUCAACUGUUGGUAAGUGUAGGUUGGAAAGUGACUAGGAGACUAGAGGACUGUAGGAAUUGAGGUCCACCAUUAAGAUUGCACAUGCUUCUGUUCUGCCUAGUUUAGAAAGAAGAACAAUUCCAUGAAAGACAGAUAUACCCCUUACAAUGUUCUGCAAUCUCCAUGCCCACAAAUUGCUAAUGUGGAAAUGCGCAUUGUUUGUUUGAAGAAACGUGCUUCUAAGUUCUACCAAACUACUUGGCCCUUACUGAGUUAUAUUGAAAGAGACAGUCGUGUUUUUUAUCCGUGUAUUUUAGUCGGAUAACAAGCCGGUCCCUGUGUUUAACAAUGUUUGGCUACUUCACCAAAUUUUUAGAAUGAGAUAAACGUCGAAGUUAAAGAAAAUGGCAAGAUUAAUUAACCAUGCAUGUGAGAAGCACGCCCAUUUCCAUUUUUUUACACCACUAAACACAGGACCAAACAUGCAAUCUUCCCAUAAAAAAAAGUUACUCGAAUCAGUCGAAUGUAAUUGUCAUUUGUGCUUCCAACAAG